UGACUUGCCAGCCUGCCACACAGUCAGAGAGCAUCUCUUUGCUCCUUUUGUCUCAGGAUGGAGAACUACAAUUAUGAUUCAGCUUAUGAGUACUACUAUGGCAAUCUAACUGACAAUGAAACGUAUUUCUUUACAGACAGCACCGAGGUUUGUCCCAGCUCAUACCUCCAUGGCGCUGACAUCUACCUGCCCAUAUUGUAUUCCAUCAUAUUUUUGACUGGCUUUAUUGGAAACCUCUUUGUGAUCACGGUCGUGGCUGCCAAGGGUAAGAGGAAUGGCCGGCUGGUGGACAUAUUUGUGGUCAACCUGGCGCUUGCUGACCUCGUGUUUGUCUUCACCCUGCCACUGUGGGCCGUCUCUGCCAGCCAGAGCGGCCGCUGGAACUUUGGGCUGAUUGGUAAUGCGCUGUGCAAGCUGAGCAGCUACGCCAUCGCCGUCAACCGCUUCUCCAACAUCUUCUUCCUCACCUGCAUGAGUGUCGAUCGCUACUUGGCUGUGGUGAAACUGAUGGACUCCAGAUUCCUCAGGAGCAGUCAGUGCAUUCGUGUCACCUGUGCAGUGGUCUGGCUGGUCUCCCUGGUGCUGGGCAUCCCAUCCCUGGUGUAUCGCAGCGUUGAGGACAAUGGCAAUGGACCCAUUUGUCUGGAGAACACCCAGUCACUUUUCUUCCUCGGCCUGAGCCUGACCUCAGUGAUUCUCACCUUUGUUCUUCCAGUGCUAAUCAUCAUCCUCUGCUAUGGCACCAUCAUCACACACCUACAGAAGCACUGUGCUGCUGCUGGGAAUUCCCGUGCUGAUGCCCGGCGCCGCCACUCCCUUAAGAUGGUCCUCUUCAUAAUAGUGGCCUUUAUUGUGUCCUGGCUCCCCUUCAACAUUUUCAAGACCAUCAUUAUCAGCUCGCAGCUCUCAGAUGCUGAGCUGAGUUGUUACUCUCUGUCGUGGCAAAGAGACGGCCUCAUCAUCUCAUGCUGCCUGGCUUUCCUCAACAGCUGCGUGAAUCCAGCCAUUUACUUUUUCUUUGACCAUCAUUUCAGACGACACGCCAAGAAUCUCUACCUCUCCUGUCUGGCAAAGCCACUGCUGCUCCAGAGCCACAACUCCUCAGGUUCAUUCACCAAUAUUGGCACUUCGGAGAGCUCCUGGACAACUGUUUUUAGGGGUCGCCUCCAGUCGUUUGAUCAGAAGGGCUAAAUGGAGUAUGGACUUUUCUCUCAUCUUUAGCUACUGAAUGCAUUAAACUGUCUUUUUUGUCAUUAUUAUUAUUUUUGAGCUCUAUGAUCUGUAAUGGCUUCUUAAGGCCAUCUUUGUACUGGAGGACUUUUGGUUGGUGAGUGUGCAUCAUAUCCUUUGUUAGUUUUUCCUUGAUGUAUGCAAAGAGUCUGCAAAGAAAACUGAAUAUAAGGGUGAUAGCUGCAUUAAUUCUUCAUUCACAUGAGAAUUUUUAUUUUGUAAGGCGUGUUUAGGGUCAAUACAGUAUUACUGAUAAAUAACUGAUAAGCUUAAAGCAUUAAUAAAACAUCAAGAUUGGCAUUGCAUUAAUUUCGUAAUCUUUUGCAGGGUGCUUUUCAAAACAAUUUCUACUCACCUGAUUUGUUGAAUAUUUUGCAGUUUUUUUCUUUUCUAUUUGAUAAGCUGAUGAAAGCCAUUACUGUAAUGUUUAGUGCAUAAAUAUUAUACAGCAUAUAUUCACUGGUGUGAUGUAUAUUUUGCAUUGCUUUUCCCCCUCUUUUUUCCUUUUAUAUAUUUUGAACUCCAAAAC